CUGAGUCAAAACAAUCUUCUGGAAAGUCCUCAACUUGGACUGAAUGCUAAAAGGUUAACACAUGAAGCUCUCUUCUUUAAACUAACUUCAGCGUGAUUUGUCAAAGCAGUCGAUGUAUGCUGCAUUUAAAUCAUGGAGACUUGCGAAAAGUUGGGGGCUUGUUUCAGCCGUAUUUGGUGUGUUUUUGUGUUGUAGUUAAAGCUGACGCUGUCUCUUAGUUAGCUUAGCAUCGAUCUGCCAAAAACAACUCCUGAUCGUCGUUGAACGAAAAAAACGGUGGACUUUUCGCUCAGGUGUGUGCUUCUCUCGCAGGUUUGACUGAAGUCACCGCCAAAAAAAUGUCCAUUUUAGGAUUAAAAAAGAAACAGCCAAAGACCUUCAAAGUCAAAGUUACCACCAUGGAUGCUGAGAUGGAGUUCAGCUGUGAGGUCAAGUGGAAAGGCAAAGACUUGUUUGACCUGGUGUGUCGCACAGUGGGGUUGAGGGAGACAUGGUUCUUCGGACUGCGCUACACGGUGAAGGACACCUACGCCUGGCUCAAAGCUGACAAACGAGUCUUGGACCAGGAUGUUCCCAAAGAUUCACCUAUAACAUUUCACUUCCUGGCCAAGUUCUUCCCUGAGAAAGUAGAAGAAGAACUCGUCCAAGAAAUAACACAGCACCUCUUUUUCUUACAGGUGAAGAAACAAAUCUUAGAUGAAGAGAUCUUCUGUUCUCCAGAAGCUUCUGUUCUUCUGGCCUCCUAUGCUGUUCAAGCCAAGUAUGGCGACUACGACCCCAACUUUCACAAACCAGGCUUCCUGGCUCAGGAUGAACUUCUGCCAAAAACAGUUCUGAUGCAGUACCAGAUGACCGCUGACAUGUGGGAGGAGAAGAUCACAGCGUGGUACGCCGAGCACAGAGGCAUCGCCAGGGAUGAGGCUGAGAUGGAGUACCUAAAAAUUGCUCAGGACCUUGAGAUGUAUGGCGUCAGCUACUUUGACAUCACUCAAAACAAGAGAGACACAGACUUGUUGUUGGGGGUGGACGCUCAGGGUCUUCACAUCUACAGCCCCAACAGCAAACUGACCCCCAACAAGUCGUUUCCAUGGAGCGGCAUUCGCAACAUCUCUUACAGUGAAAAAGAGUUCACCAUCAAGCCCCUGGACAAGAAGAAAGAUGUCUUCAAGUUCUACUCCUCUCAGCUGCGUGUCAACAAGCUGAUCUUACAGCUGUGCAUUGGCAACCACGAUCUGUUCAUGAGGAGGAGAAAGGUGGACUCCAUUGAAGUGCAGCAGAUGAAGGCUCAGGCCAAAGAGGAGAAGGCCCGUAAGAAGAUGGAGCGACAGAUCCUCGCACGGGAGAAACAGAUGAGGGAGGAGGCGGAGCGAGCAAAAGAGGAGAUGGAACGCCGACUUUUCCAGCUGCAGGAUGAGGCUCGACUGGCCAACGAGGCGCUGCUGCGCUCAGAGGAGACAGCAGACCUGCUGGCUGAGAAAGCCCAGAUCGCCGAAGAGGAGGCUAAGCUACUGGCCCAUAAGGCCGCCGAGGCCGAGCAGGAGAGGCAGAGGUUAGAGGUCACCGCCAUGAAAACCAAGGAGGAGAAGAGGCUGAUGGAACAGAAGAUGAGGGAGGCGGAGCAGCUGGCUGUCAAACUGGUGGAGCAGUCUGAGCGCAGACUGAAGGAGGCGGAUCACCUGAAACAGGACCUGACUGAGGCCAAGGAUGCAGAGAGGAGGGCCAAGCAAAAGUUGCUGGAGAUCACCAAGACCACCUACCCUCUCAUAGCAGCAUAUUCUGCUCCCCCUGCUCCGCCUGCUCCCCCUGAAGCUGCAGAAUUCGCCUACGAAGCAACGUCCUCGCGUCUUGACUUUAAAGACUCAGACAUGAAGAGGCUUUCCAUGGAGAUCGAGAGGGAGAGGCUGGAGUACAUGGAGAAGAGUAAACACCUGCAGGAUCAGCUGAAGGAGCUCAAGUCUGAGAUUGAGUCUCUGAAGCUGGAGGAACAACAACAACAACAGCAGCAGCAGCAGGCUAGCAUGUAUGGUCUCCAUGGCGAUGCCAGGGCAUACAUCCCAGAACCUGUUUACAUUCCUCACAGUAAUAGAAACUCGGCCUACAUGUCUCAGAUGGCGUUCUUUGAAGAGGUCUGAUCAGGAGGAUGAGGAUGAGGGUUUAUGCACCAGACUUGUCUGACCAGGACCCUGAAAAGGACUUUUUUCAGAUUUUCUUGCUCUUUGUUUUGGCUUGUUUGAUGUGACACUUUUCUGCCAGCUGACAUUUCAAGUCUUCUACACUCUGACGUCCCCUCAUGUCUCACAUUUGGACAGAUGUUUGACAGAGUUGAAGUCUUUUGUCGCCUUUUGAGGUGAUUGUCUUUUUGCAGGUUUCACUCGACCUUGUUACGUGUAGUAACAUUCUUGACUCCACCUCCUGAUUGAUAUCAUUUGAAUUGUAAUUGUCAUAUAUUUAUUGGUGCCUUACAACAUUUUGUUCUGGUUUUUUGCCACAUCGAUGUGUUCAAUCUUCAUUUCCACAACCAGAAGUUUUUUUAAAUUGUAUUUUAUACUGUAUGCAUCAUUUCAAUAUAACAGUGCUUGUGUGCUCUGCAUAUUUUUAUUUGCUCCUUGCAAGGUCGCGUGUGUACUCCCAUCACCGUGCACACCCAACUCUGCAGGCUGGGCACACAAACAGUGGUUGUGUUUUCCUUGGCCACCAGGUGGCACUAUACAGCAGAAAGCGUGAUGAGGUGGAAAAAGUGCUUGAUCUGCUUAAAAGUACAAUGUUUGAAGUUUUUAAGUUCAAUAAGUGAGUUGUUAAAUUAUUCUUAACUAUUUGCAUUCCCCCAUGUCGGGAUACACGAGAGGCAGCUUGCACUUUUUUCAACUGUUAAACCACCUGCCUUAUUUUCAGCACGUCAAUCCAGAAGAUGGUUUUGUUUAAUACCCUGCCUUUGGGGAGAGCUUUGGAACUUGACCACGAUGGCUGCGGCGGUUCAUCUGCUGCCUGAGGUUCUGGGCCAAGGUCGGCGAGGUUGGCAAGUCUCAACAGGUCAGUAACACUGCGCCCUCAAUGUGUGCUGGCGGUCAAAACGGAAACGCAGAGAAACAAGUACGACCUACUUGGAGAAGCUAAACAGAGGCCUGGCAUGUCGGAAUCAGUACCUAAAGAAAGUUUGUACUGUAAUAUAUUGGAGACAGUAAUUGUAGGAAGUCUUCGGAGAGCAAACGGUUAAAGCUGAAUAGAGUAAAGUCUCACCUGCACAAAGACGUCACAGGUAAUUGGAAUCGAGGCUUUUAAGAAAGACGAUGUUAUCUGAGCUGGCCGUGACGUAAGCAGACUGUCAAAUCACACUUUAAGCUCCUCGUCUUUGUUGGCGGCGGGCCGAUCAGGACCUCUCAGGUACAUUGGGAACGUUUACGGCUAGAAUAUCGAUCAUUUGCGGGGCCUCUGUGCUUGGCCAGCGAUUAAUGAAUUCAUGAGGCGGAGCCGCCUCCGCCUUUUUCUUACAACAAUCACACUACGCUUGGAGGAAUAAUGGCACACUCAUCCUCAUUCAGAUGAUAAUAGGCUGAGGCUGUGUUAUUGAAGCAGUCCAUCCUUCCAGGCAGGAACUUGAUGCUUUGUUAUAACAUUAUAUUCGCUUUUUACCCUCAAAGGAAACCACCAAAGUCUGAAUAAUUCCUCCCAUUUUCCAAAUGCUGUCAUUCCAUUGAUUUGAUCUACUGAAUGAAAGACAUCAAUACAUUGCAUUUUAUCUUACUUUAUAUUAUAUGAAUAAUGAUAUUUCAAUGAGAAAGAAGUGCCAGAAUGUUUCAUCUGCGUACAUUCAGGUCUUGUUUUUUUGGGCAUUCGAACGAUAGCGACAGUAAUGUUUUAAUUGUAGCUUUGCAUCUAUACACAAACUACACGACAGAUGACCUACAGUAAGGCCUUUUGGGGUGUACAGUGUGUUCCUAAAGUCUCAACAAAAAUGUAUGUAUGAUACACUCAUAUUUUAAUUUGUAUUUUAUUGAAAUUAUCACCAUUCGUUUCACUUUAUGUACACAUCCAGUUUGCCAUUAAACAUUAUACGAUAGAACAAUUGUCAAAAUGACGAUACAGUCGAAGUCAAGGCAACACAUUAAAAAAAAGCAGGAAGAAGAUGUUUUCCAUUCAUAAAAUAAUAGCAACAAUAACAAGUGUGGAAAAACACAUUUCACGGCAUGCUUGGAUAGCACAAUUGACUUUUCUUCUAAGAUUUUGCAUUGAACUACAGUAGCUGCUACAAAUGCAAUGAAGACUUUCAUUGUAGGUACUGUGUAUGCACUGAGCAUUGACUUAUUUUAUCCAGAAUUUGGAUAAUAAAGAUGAAAAAUAUAGUUUUGCAUGCCGCUUGAGACGCCGACUGCCGCAAUAUAAGCCACAACAGCUUUGCCGCGUAGGAGCAACAGUGAAUCAAGAGGGGACUUUGAUGUCAG